AUGCAUCGUUCAACAAUUGAUUCAUUAGUACAAGAAAAUCCAACUAAUUAUACAUAUUCAAAUUCUCAAAUACAAACAAAUGUUUUAAGAUAUGCACAUUGUUUUGCACCUAAAUCAAAUGAUUUAUAUACACGAUCUUGUAGGGAAUGUGGUCUAUCUUGGCAAAAACUAACUCAUAAUCCACCGGAUAAUUAUUCAACAAGAAUUCUAUGUCCUCAUUGUAAAUCAAAAAAUCCAAUACAUUUACGAACAUGUUAUAUUUGUGAAAAUGUAUUAAUGCCAACAUCAACACCACCAGAAAAACGAACUUCAAUUUCAAUUUCAACAAUAUCAAAACAAACUAAUACAAUGAUGAUAACAUGUUCAAAAUGUUUUCGUUUAAAUAAUCCUAAUGCUCGUUUUUGUGAUUGGUGUAGUGCAUAUCCUGAUCAUGCAUCUACAUCAAUACAAUGUACAAAAUGUCAUACUAAUAAUGAUUCAUUUGCAAAAUUUUGUUCAACAUGUGGAUGUGUUAUUGAACCAUCAUUACGUAUUAUUGAUACACGUCUUAAAAACGAUUUGAAUAUUUCAUCGUCAUCAAUGAUUGCUAGUACAUUAACACGUAAUUCAGCUAAUCCUGUAUGGCUUAAUGCAAAUACAACAUUGACUAAUUAUCAUCAAUCAUAUUCAACAAUUAAAAAAGAAGUUGCAACACAAACAUAUGGAAUUUAUUAUCCAAGUGCAAAAGAUAUUGAUUCAAUUAUAACACAAAAUAAAAAAUUAUUAAAUGAAAAAGAAUUAAAAGAAUAUCGUCCAAUAUUAACAUCUACAAGUCCAGGAAAAGGAUAUUGGCGACAACAAUUAGAUCAUAUUUGUGCUCAUUUAAAAACUUAUGCAGUUAAUCGACCAGAUUUUCAAUCAUUGAUUGGUGAACCACGUAUGGGUAAUAUGAUUCAUGCAACUGUACAUGAAAAUGAAUAUCAAGUAACUAUACAAACAGUAUUUCGUAAACCAGAAAAUCUUUCACAAUCACCAUUUUUUAUUAAUGAAACAAAUGAAUAUUAUCCAAUAAAUAGUGAACGAAGUUCACCAUAUUCAAACACAAUUUAUUCUGAUAAGAAAUUACAGAAAAUAUUGAGGUCAACUCAUGCAUUAAUUCGAUUAUUUGAAGAAAAAAAUAAUUAUUAUAAUAAAAAAUCAUCACAUCAAAUCGAUAUAUUAAAAGAAGUUCAACGUUUAAUAAAAGAAAAAGCUGAUGUUAAUAUUAAAAAUAAAGAAGGUUAUACGAUUCUACAAUUGGCUAUACGUAAUGGAUAUUAUGAAUGUUUAGAAACACUUAUUAUAGAUGGAAAAGCUAAAUUAGAUAAAAAAGGACCACGAGGUAAUACAGCAUUACAUGAAUGUUGUUUAUUAGGACUUGAUGGUGCUGAGCCAUUAAGAAUUCUUCUCAAACAUGGAGGUGUUGCAUCUUGGUUAAAUGAUAAAAAUGAAAGUGUUAUUGAUCUAGCAGCAAAACAAAAUUGUCCAGAAUUAUUACAAGCUUUUUCUAAAUAUCAAAGUGAAAAAAUGCUUAAACAACAUAUGAAAAAUUCUUAUGAUGAUCAUACAAGAAUAAAAACUAUUCAUGAUCAUCAUUAA